UUUUUUGUUUGUCAACUUCAUCACACAACUAUCAGUCAUUUCAUCAUAUCAUUAUCAAUUCUCCAUCACAACUUUUUACUAACUACCACUAUAUAUAUCAAAUUAUAUAUAUCCAACACAAAAAUGGAACUCAUUCCAUACUCUGAUCCAAACACCGCCACCUCACCACCGUGGCAAGACAUGUUCCGGUCAGCUUCCACCCUCAAACCACCAUCUCCACCACCACAAUCCACCACUAAAAACACCCCAGAUGAUCAAAAAGAUUCAUCAUCUUUUUCAGGUGACCAACAUGUACGUUUAGCAUUAUAUAUAGCCAUGGCUCAUGCUGGCUUAGCUUUUGCUAUGUUUAUACUUUAUGGUGUUUGUAAAUUACUUGAAGAAUAUUUAAGGCCUAUUUUAUGGGCCGUUCUUUGUUCAAUUCCACUUAGAGGUAUUCAACAGACCCUUGUUCUGUUUUGGACUAAGCCUUUAGAAUUAGGCCUUGUUGAUACUAUCUUAGCUAUCCCUGUAUCUAUAUAUGAUGUUUUUAUUGGUACAUUAGUUGAUGUUAAAGAUUUGUUGUAUAGACUUGUUUGGGUUAAGAAGGAUAGAAAACCGGAUCGAAAGAGUACCGGGUUUUCGAUAUUGUUAAGAUGGUUGGUGUCUUUUUGGGUUUUUGUUAUGGCUUAUGAACAUUUUGGUGUUUUUGGUGGGGUUAGUUUGUUGGGGUUGGGGUUUAUGUUUACUUCUAGUAAGGUGAAAUCUAGUUUGUCGGUUAUAUCUUCGUUUCGUGGUGAACAAAAUCUUUAUACGGGUUUUUUAACAAAAGGGGUUUUGAAAAGGUUGCAGACCAUUGUGGCGAUCGGGUUGAUUUUUGGCAUGAUUUUUGGUUCUUUGAGUGUGACUAUGUUUUUUUCGUAUAAGAUUGGAGUUGAAGGGAAAGAUGUGGUGUAUUCGAUAAAAACCCAUGUUGAAGAAAAUAAUUAUGCCGAGAAAAUUGGGUUAAGAAAAUGGAUGGAUGAUAACAAUGUGCCUGGAAUGGUGGAUAAGUACGCGACUCAGUUUUAUGAAACUGUGAAUGAACAGAUUGAUAGUUUGGCUAUGCAGUAUAAUGUGACGGAAAUUGUUCAGGAAAUGAAACAAGUGAUUGCACCAACGUUAAACGCAACAAACUCUUCUACACCUACUACCGUAUUAGUAACUUCUAGCCCGUAUGCUGAAAAGAUACGAAGUUUGAGAAAAAUGUUUACUAAUCGUGAAUGGUCAGCUAUCUAUCCAGAAGUUAACGCUUUGUUAAAAGAGGCCCGGGUUAGCAAAGCGGAUAUGAUUGAAAAAGCUAAAGCAAUUGCUUUUCAAGGAAAAGAUGUGCUUCAACGAGUGCUUGCAAGUAGUAUAUCAAUCGUUGGUGGCAGUACUAAGCUUGUUUUCAUAGUUAUUGAGUCAAUUGUAUCUGGAGCAGCGGGUCUUUUUAAUUUUGUUUCGCAGUCAAUGGUUUUCAUAUGGGUUUUGUACUCUUUGAUAACGUCGGAUUCUGGAGGAGUUACAGAACAAGUUAUGUAUAUGAUUCCAAUUUCAAGAUCUGCUAGGACACGGUGUGUUGAGGUUCUUGAUAAAGCCAUUUCUGGAGUUCUUUUGGCUACAGUAGAGAUUGCCUUUUUUCAAGGAUGUCUUACUUGGCUUUUGUUUAGACUUUUUGAUAUUCAUUUCUUGUAUAUGUCAACGCUGCUUGCAUUUAUUAACCCUUUGCUCCCGAUAUUUCCCUAUUUUUUCUCAACAAUUCCAGCAGCAAUGCAGCUGGUACUGGAAGGUAGAUAUGUUUAUGCUGUAUGCUUGUCGAUUAUUCAUCUUGUGCUUAUAGACUAUGGUACCACCGAGAUUUUAGAGGACGUGCCUGGUUAUAGUGCAUAUCUCACUGGGCUCAGUAUCAUCGGUGGAGUGGCAUUGUUCCCAUCUGCAUUGGAGGGAGCGAUAAUGGGGCCAUUGAUAACGACUGUUGUCAUUGCUCUUAAGGAUUUGUAUGUAGAAUAUGUUUUGGAUGAACCAAAAGAAGAUACAACGGAGUAAAGAGGUUUGACUUUUUAAUGUUCUAUUUGCAGAGAAUCCUUCUGUAAGUUUUUUUGAUAAUACAUGUAUAUCAAGAACAAUGUGUCUCUUAUGAUCUUAUAUGAAUAGAAAAGUUUACUUGAAA